ACCCAUAGAAAAAAAUAAUAUCAUCAAUAAAGAAAAAAAAUGAAGAGAAUAAGAAUAAUGGCAACGCUUGUAAUAGCAAACAUGUUAAUGGCGACUCCAACGUCUCGAGCCUCUCUCAAUCUCCUUCGUCGUGCACCUCAUCCUAAACCAAACGCUAACAAAUACUACUACUCCUCCUCUUUCUCAUCUUCUUCUCAUUCUCGUCCCUCUACUCUUCGUAAAUCAUAUUCCUGCCCCAUCUGGUCUUCUUCUUUCUCUUUCUGUCUCCCUCCUCCUAGAUCCACCACUUCUACCUCUCUCUCCUUCCACCCCUUCUCCUCCUCCUCUCCUCCUUCCAUGUCUUCCGCCGCCGCCGCCGCCGUCGAUUCCGCCCAGACUCUUUCCUCCAAUCCUCUCUUGCAGGAUUUCGAUUUCCCUCCCUUUGAUUCUGUUGAUGCCAGCCAUGUCCGUCCUGGGAUUCGCUCUCUAUUGCAGCACCUCGAAGUUGAAUUGGAGCAGCUAGAGAAAUCUGUGGAGCCAUCAUGGCCAAAACUGGUUGAACCAUUAGAGAAAAUUGUUGAUCGCUUAACUGUUGUUUGGGGAAUGAUCAAUCACCUUAAAGCUGUCAAGGACACACCUGAGCUUCGUGCUGCUAUCGAAGACGUUCAGCCAGAGAAGGUGAAGUUCCAGCUCAGGUUGGGCCAAAGCAAGCCUAUUUACAAUGCCUUUAAAGCUAUUCGUGAAUCUCCUGAUUGGUCAUCACUUAGUGAAGCUCGUCAACGUUUAGUUGAAGCCCAAAUUAAGGAGGCGGUUCUCAUAGGUAUUGCUCUUGAUGAUGACAAAAGAGAAGAAUUUAACAAGAUUGAACAGGAACUCGAAAAGCUUUCUCAUAAGUUUUCUGAAAAUGUUUUGGAUGCUACAAAGAAGUUUGAAAAGUUGAUAACGGACAAGAAAGAGAUUGAUGGAUUGCCUCCUUCCGCUCUUGGGCUAUUCGCACAGGCUGCUGUGUCCAAGGGCCAUGAACAUGCAACUGCUGAAACUGGACCAUGGAUCAUUACACUGGAUGCUCCUAGUUAUCUUCCUGUUAUGCAACAUGCCAAAAACCGAGCUCUGCGUGAGGAGCUCUACCGUGCUUACCUAACUCGUGCCUCUUCUGGUGAUUUGGAUAAUACAGCAAUUAUUGACCAGAUUUUGAAGCUUCGCUUGGAAAAAGCUAAGCUUCUUGGUUACAACAAUUACGCUGAGGUAAGCAUGGCUAUGAAAAUGGCUACUGUUGACAAAGCAGCAGAGCUUUUAGAGAAGCUUCGUAGCGCGUCCUGGGAUGCAGCUGUUAAAGACAUGGAAGACCUCAAAAGUUUUGCAAAGAAUCAAGGUGCUGCAGAAUCUGACAGUUUGACUCAUUGGGACACCACUUUCUGGAGUGAGAGGCUUCGUGAAUCCAAAUACGAUAUUAAUGAGGAAGAACUACGUCCAUACUUCUCACUGCCAAAGGUUAUGGAUGGACUUUUCAGUCUAGCUAAUACACUAUUUGGAAUCGAUAUUGAACCAGCAGAUGGUGUAGCUCCGGUUUGGAACAGCGAUGUUCGAUUCUACCGCGUUAAAGAUUCUUCUGGGAACCCAAUCGCUUACUUUUACUUUGAUCCAUACUCCCGCCCUUCAGAGAAGAGAGGUGGCGCUUGGAUGGAUGAGGUUGUUUCCCGUAGCCGAGUCAUGGCUCAGAAAGGCUCUUCUGUUAGGCUGCCUGUUGCGCACAUGGUCUGCAACCAAACUCCACCAGUAGGUGACAAACCAAGCCUUAUGACAUUCCGCGAGGUAGAGACAGUAUUCCAUGAAUUUGGACAUGCUCUCCAGCAUAUGCUUACCAAGGAAGAUGAGGGGCUAGUGGCUGGUAUCAGAAAUAUCGAGUGGGACGCGGUUGAAUUACCAUCACAAUUUAUGGAGAAUUGGUGCUACCACAGGGACACUUUAAUGAGUAUUGCCAAGCAUUAUCAAACAGGAGAAACACUCCCAGAGGAAGUAUACAAGAAACUCCUUGCUGCACGAACAUUCCGUGCAGGGUCCUUUAGUCUUCGGCAGUUGAAAUUUGCAACUGUUGAUCUUGAGCUGCACACAAGAUAUGUACCAGGUGGACCCGAGUCCAUCUAUGACGUAGAUCAACGGGUAUCAGUUAAAACUCAAGUGAUCCCUCCACUUCCGGAGGAUAGAUUCCUCUGUAGCUUCAGUCACAUUUUUGCAGGGGGAUAUGCAGCUGGAUAUUACAGUUACAAGUGGGCAGAAGUUUUGUCUGCAGAUGCAUUUUCAGCUUUUGAAGACGCUGGACUGGACGACAUUAAGGCUGUUAAAGAGACAGGACAGAGAUUCAGAAACACCAUACUUGCACUUGGAGGAGGAAAAGCGCCUCUCAAGGUGUUUGUUGAGUUUAGAGGACGCGAGCCUUCACCAGAGCCUCUUCUCAGACACAAUGGACUCUUGGCUGCUACUGCUUGAAUCUUGUAUUUUAACAAUAUUUAGUACUCUCAAGAUAAACAAUGAAAAAUCAACGAAUAAGAUCUUUUCUGAUAUUUCAACCA